UCUGCCUUUUCCUUGUCAUCACUGGUCACAUUCCCAGCCUCAUCCAGUAAAGAAUGAAGAUUCUCCUUAGUACUCCUCUUACCACUGAUGUGUUUGUAAAAGGCUUUCUUGUUCCUUUUUACCCCAGCGGCCAGGUUGAGUUCAAUCUGGGCUUUUGCCUUUCUGACUUUCUCUCUAUACAUCUUAACAACUUAUCUGUACUCUUUUGGAGUCACCUGUCUUUCUUCCACAGGCGGUAGAUUCUCUUUUUCUCCCGGAACCUCAAGAAUAGCUCCCUGUUCGUCCAUGCCGGUCUUCUUCCCCGCCGGCUCAUUUUGCAGCUUGGGGACAGCCAGCUCCUGUGCCUUUAGGACUUCCCUCUCGCUGCUGGAGUUCCUCCUCUGGCUGCCUCCCAUCCCCAGCACCCCCUGCCUGAUCCCCACCUGCCCGCAGGUCGAGCUGUCGGAUGGCACGUCACACACCAUCACAGAUGCCUAUGCUGGCAAGGAGUACAUCAUCCAGGUGGCCGCCAAAGACAACGACAUCGGCACGUGGAGCGACUGGAGCGUGGCUGUGCAUGCCACCCCCUGGACGGAGGAGCCCAAGCACCUCACCACGGAGGUUCAGAUCACAGAGACGACGAGCACCAGCACUUCCUCUUUCAUGCCGCCCCCCACCACCAAGAUCUGCGACAAGGGGGCCGGAGUGGGCAGUGGCGCCGUGGCAGUGUGUUGGACAGCUGGACUGGUCUUGGCUGCCUAUGGUGUCCUCUUUAUUUAUUCCAAAGGAAACAGGAAAUUAACAGAGCUGUUGGGAAAAACAUCUGUAAAUGCUUUGGGCUGGCACAGACAUGAGCCAUGGGAAAGGCUGUGAGGAAGGUGCUGCUGCCAGGUCUGGAUGUGCUGACAAAGCAUGCAUGGGAAGGCCACCAAGCACCUCAGCCACCUUAUGGAGAAACCCCCUCAUCUGCAGCCAAUACUGCCUCAUUCCACAGCCCUCACGAGCAGUUCCUGGUCCUUCUCACCCCUGUGCAUUUUGCUCAGCUCUGGCUGGUCUGGCUUGGAAGCAUGUGAAAGAGCGUGUAUGCAAUUUUUCAGUGCACACAGUGACAUUCUGACAGUUGUCACUGCAGCCAGAGUUUUACUCCAGGAGGACAUAGCCACUCGAGGGCUUCUGUGAUAAUAAAUCAGGAGGUGCCAGUGUGAGGGAAUUUUUCUGAAACAAAACAAGGACAUUAGUUUUGUGGUGGAGGUACCAAGAGACUGGCAGCUGCAUCUCUGGAACACCAGAAAGGAAAGGAACAAUCUGUAUGGUCACUGCAGUUUCCCUCUGCUCAACAACCACUGCCACUACAUCACAAAGUUGAGAAAUCAAGUGUAUGCUCUCCCUUUGCUCCUUUUAUCUUCUCUUGCACCUCAUCCGCGGGCAGUUAUUCACCCCAAAAGUUUCUCUGUCUCAUCAUGUUUCUGAGAUUUUCUAGGAUGCUUUUGCCCUCCUAAGCAGAAACAUUCAUCCUCUCGUCAUGUUUGAAUAUGAGGACAUUGUGGGUGCUACAGGUCCCUUGGCUCUCCUGAUCUGUAUAGGGUUCCCAGUAAUCCUCUGGCAAUUCUUCUGGCUGAAAAGUCCCUGCUUUAAUGACACCUGCAUUUCAAUAAUUUGUUUAUUUUCCCAAGCAC